UGUAACGAGUAAUUUUUAUCUUUCGUUAUUUUGUGAAUUUGGACUAAACAAGUAUGUUAGAGCAUAAACAUAUCUGAGCUCUACAUCUGGGGACAGCAUGUAAGGAUACCGCUCUGUUAUAUUACAAGUUACUGAACCAUAAUUGUUGCAGUUUUUCAUUAUGCCAGCUCUUGAAAUAUCUGAAUAUAGAUACCUCAAAGAUUUAGGUUGCUCGUAUUUCAUCCAUAAACAGCAAUUCUGUCCUGCGAAUACGGCAACCUCGCUAUCUAUCUCUGAAACAAUGUCGACAACAACAUUAUAGCAUAUUACAGUUCAGCGUAUAAAACGCUGCAGAGCCGCAGCGGAGCUCUCGUUACGGGCGCGCAGCAGGUCUGACUCAGCACGUGGCGCAGCGCUUACGUCGCGUCCGCGGCCGUUUCCAAGUCCGUGAGUGCCAGCCUCAUCCCCAGCAACAUGGCGCCAGCGUGCAGCAGGAGAGCACACAGACCCCAGCGCUCCCCUAACGCAGCGUGACCCAGCGCGGCUUUGCGCUUCCUGCUGGCGUUUGUUUCGGUACCUACAGCUUGGCGGUCGUCUGCAACGCUCACCUGCUUCGCAGAAGGAACGGAGCGUACCGGAGUCAUCCUGCCAGGACCGUUACGUUUGUUUACCGCAAUCUGAAGUGAAACUUCGAGUAGAGGAGACGGAGCUUCUGCGUAACUUGGAAACGGGUUUUGUCCGCAGCUGAACGAGCCAUGUGACUGUGUCCGAAAGUGUUCUUGAGCGAGAAGAACAUGCAUCUAAAUAUGAGCGAGAGUAACUCGCUCGAAGACAGGGACAGGGACAGACUUCCUCCCAUCCUAAAUCACAGUUUGGAUCGCGGACCAAAGAUACCGUUCUCCUCAUAUGGCAGCUUCCUCUCCACUCUGAACCAUAAAAGAGAGUCAAGCAGCCCAGGCCUGUCGACACAGCUCCUGAUACCUGCAGCCCGACAAGUGCGCGAGCUUCCCCCAAUUUGUCCAGACGUGAGACAGAAACAGAGAAUCUCUAUUGACAUUUUGCCUCCGGAGGUUAGAGCUCGCUUCACCUCAGACCCCGUCAUUCCCAUCCGGACCAAAACUGCCAAAGAGUUUCAGGAGGACAUGGAGAAGGCCACUAUCUCAGGUGACUGGAAGCAAGUCCAUGAAUUCUACUUGACCACGUUUGACUCCUUUUUGGAACUCAAUGCUGCCUUUAAGAAAGAAGCAAAUGCUCCAUUCAACACCACUGAAGACUCAGGAAUAAACACCAAAUUUGUCAACGCUGUUUAUGAUGCCUUACUUCACACGCCCCCUGACACCCAGAAAUCAGUACUGAAGGGAAUCAUUAAUAGCUUAUUAAGGGAGUGGAAAGGGCCCAGGACAAAGGAUGACCUGCGGGCGUAUUUCAUCCUUGUGCAGAACCCUCAGUAUGCCAGCACAGCCACAUAUGUCAUCUACGCACAUUUACUGAGGCAGAUAGCCGCACUGGCUGAAGCAGACCACCAUUUCCUGAUGCACUGGUUUAAGAAACUGUCUCAGAAGCGUUUCAAGCAGCUGGUGGAACGCCUGCAGCUCUUCAUAACCACGCGCUUGUUCCCAGCCAAACCGGAGGAGCUGCCGCCCAUGGCCAAAUGCUCAUGGUGGAUCCCAUCAGCCACCAAGGUCCUCUCCCUGCUCAAUGGAGCAAACAGCAUUUCCACUCCUCCAAUCCUCCCCUUUGCAGACUUCUACAAUCUCACACUGGACCACAUUGACUUCAUGGAGGACUACCAGACAUGGCAAGCUAAUGGAAAUUCCAACAGGUUCACAUUCUGCCAGUUUCCCUUCAUCCUGUCCACGGUGGUGAAGAAGGCCGUCAUACAGAGGGACUCGGAGCAGCAGAUGAUCAGCAUGGCCAGGCAAACCCUGGUGGAUAAGGUCUCUCGCAGACAGAGGGUGGAUAUGAGUCUCCUCUUCCUCAACAUUAAAGUGAGGCGUCAGCAACUGGUCAGUGACUCACUGGAUGAGCUUUCGAGAAAGAGAGCAGACUUGAAGAAAAAGCUGAAAGUGACAUUCGUUGGGGAAGCAGGCUUGGACAUGGGCGGACUCACAAAGGAGUGGUUUCUUCUCCUGAUUCGACAGAUUUUUCACACUGACUACGGCAUGUUCAUGUACGUGAAGGACUUGCACUGUCACUGGUUCAGCAGCUGGAAGUGUGACAACUGUUCAGAGUUCCGGCUGGUGGGAGCUCUCAUGGGCCUGGCCGUGUACAACAGCAUCACCCUGGACAUCCGGUUCCCGCCUUGUGUCUACAAGAAGCUGCUGACCCCUCCCGUUGUGCCGUGUGACCCUGACGCCCCUGUCGGCAUGGCAACCCUCACCCUGGACGACCUGCAGCAGAUUAUGCCUGAUCUUGCUCAUGGUCUUGGGGAGCUACUCAGCUAUGAAGGAAACGUGGAAGAGGACUUCUAUACGACCUUUCAGGUUUUCCAAGAAGAACUUGGAGUAGUCAAGUCAUAUAACCUGAAACCAGGGGGCGAUAAGAUCCCCGUUACCAACCAGAACAGAAAAGAGUAUGUCCAGCUAUACAUCGAUUUCCUGUUGAAUAAAUCCAUCUACAGGCAGUUUGCAUCAUUCUAUCAUGGGUUUCACAGUGUGUGUGCCUCCAAUGCCUUGAUGUUGCUGAGACCGGAAGAAGUUGAGAUCCUGGUCUGUGGGAGUCCAAACCUGGACAUGAGCUCUCUGCAGAGGGUGGCACUGUACGAAGGCUACAACAAGGCAGACCUCACCAUCCGUGCAUUCUGGGACGUGGUACUGGCGUUCCCCUUGGAGCUGCAGAAGAAGCUGCUGCACUUCACCACGGGAAGCGACCGCCUUCCUGUGGGAGGGAUGGCUGACCUCAACUUCAAGAUCUCCAAGAUCGAUGUCUCCACGGACUGGUUGCCAGUGUCACACACGUGCUUUAACCAGAUCUGCCUACCGCCCUACAAGAGCAAGAAAGAACUGCGGCAAAAGCUGACUGUUGCCAUCUCAAAUGCCGAGGGCUUUGGCUUAGAGUAAACCGUAAGAGUCCAGAGGAGAGAGAAAUCCCACUCGUCCUUCCACUUAUCCGUCUUUGACAAAGACAGGCUCUUCCGGGAGAGAAUAUUAAGAUACAUUAGACACAUGAGUUCUGGAACGCCAGAUCUGACGUUUAACUGGCUUUUGGCCGUUGGAUAUGGCUGUGAUGUGUUAUGUUGUACUGUGUAUGAGAGUGGUGAUAGACCCUGUCAUGAACCAGAAUUCUAGGAAGAAUCCAAUUAAACCUAAAUCCAAGUCAGGAUUCGGACUUAUAUUUGCAUUAUGUGCAUCAAGGUCCACAUAGAAUAUUUUUUAUUUUAUAUUGAUGACAGAGAAUAUCAGCACUUCAUAUUUUCAAGGAUUUAGUAAAGCACCAGCAUUUGUGGGGUUAUGGAGGAAAAUGAUUUAAAUUGUCACCAUAUAAAAAACUUAAACUUCCCAGCAUGGAGACUUUGAGUGUCUGGGUGUGGUUUUAUGUAAUCCAACAGUCCUGCAGUGAAGUGGGCUGAAAAUAGUCCAGAGAGGCUGCCUCUGUUAAAAUAGCUUGGCACAGUCUGUCACUUGCACCGCCUCUGGUCUGAAUCCUUAAAGUGACAGUACUGUGGCUCCCAGGCUACACUCUUUUGUCAGUGAUACAAAGCUUUUUCAGACUGCAAAUGUCUCAGUGCAUUCCUUCUGUUUUCCGGUGUUGGGCUUUUAUUGUUAUUAAUGAUUCCAAAGUUUAAUUGGAAGAUUGUCUUUUUGCUCAGAUGGAUUUUGUUAUGUAUAUAAUUCUGAAAAUAUUGACGACCCCUUUCUUACUCUGUGUGAAAGGAAGGCAACCAUCCUGACACGUCUGUUUCUGUGCUUGUUACGGUGACAGUUUCUGUGCCUAGCCAUGAGGAAUGUUUGCAUUUCUGCACUAGAUAUAUUUUGUGAUAGUUAUACUGGCUCCUAUUCAGUACAGAGCAGACGAAAGCAAAAUCCAAUAAUGUGGAUAUUAACUUAUUCUAUAAUGUCCAGUUUGCAAUUGUUUUUCACGUAUCGAUUAGUAACGUCAAAAACAAAUGAAAAUGUGAGAAUAGUGGCAUUAGUUAUAUAACCAUUCAUACUAACAGAAUGGUUUGAUAUUGAGUGACCGUAAUAGUGAGAGCCUCUCAUGAGCCUCCUUGCGUAAAUCAUUUGUUGCACCCACCAACCGAAAGCGUUGGACCUGGUUUUGGCCUAGAUAGAUGUUACAUCAAUUAUUUUUAUCUCCUUUGUCUCCCAGGAUCUUGCAAAUGUUCACUUUAUUGCUUAUUGACUUGUAUGACUGAAUACAAAUGUAUUUACCACAUAUUUAUUUCUUUGCUCCUCCUUUGAUUAAAGUUCUACAGCAACAUCGCUGUGCAUGUGAUGUCGUUGAUCAAUCUUUCA